UUUUUAAAUUCAAUAAAUUCUAGCGGGUGCACGAAGGGUGGAGAAUAUAUUGCUAAUUUGUUUCUUGAAGCAAUAGAGAAAGUAGGUCCAAAUAAUGUUGUUCAAGUUAUUACAGAUAACGCAAGUAAUAUGAAACUUGCCAGUACUAUGGUGGAGGAAAAAUAUUCUCAUAUAUUUUGGACUCCUUGUGUUGUUCAUUGUUUGAAUCUAGCUUUGAAAAGUAUGUGCUAACCGUCUGAUAAAUCAUCUCACUUUGCUAAUUGCCAAUGGAUCUCAGAGUUACUUAGUGAAGUGAGUAAUUUGAAAAACUUUGUGGUGAAUCAUGACAUGACACAUGCAAUUUUUCAAAAACAUUCAGAUUUGUGUUUAUUGAAAGUUGGUGAAACAAGAUUUGCUUCAUAUGUUAUUAUGACGACUCGUAUUUGCAAAGUGAAAUCUUUUUUAGAGAAGAUGGUCAUGGAUGAUGAAUGGAAGAAUUAUAAGGGGGAUAAGGGAAUUGAAGCCAAAACUCGUGAAAUAAAAUCCUUUAUAAUGAAUGAUGAGAAGUGGGAUAAUAUUGACUACUUUUUGAAGUUUACGGAACCUAUUGUCGAUAUGCUUAGAGAUGCUGAUCUAAAUGGUCCAAAAUUACACCUUAUUUAUGAUAUGUGGGACUCAAUGAUUGAGAAAUUAAAAAAAAUAAUUUUUGAGCAUGAGGGGGAAGAUCUUAUUUCUGGCCAAUCAAAUUUUUUUGAUUCCAUUCAUGGUGUUCUAGUGGCUAGGUGGAACAAAAGCAACACCCCUUUACAUUGUAUGGCACAUUCUUUGGUUCCCAAAUACUAUCAUCAAUCAUGGCUUCAAGGAGAAAAUGGAAUUCAACGGGUAGCUCCUAAUGAAGAUUUAGAAAUUGCAUCGAAUAGAAUAAAGUGUUUUCAAAGGUACUUUGAUUCUAAUCAAAUGAAACAAGUUUCAUUGGAGUAUGGAAAAUUUUGUAGCAUGAAUGGUUAUUUUGGUGAGCCUCAUGUGAUUGAUGCUAUGGAGUAUGAAGAUCCUUUUUCUUGGUGGGGAAAUCAUGGUGUCUCAAUUCCACUUUUGCAACAGUUAGCUUACAAGUUGCUUACUCAACUGGUUUCUUUCUCUUGUUGUGAAAGAAAUUGGAGCACAUAUUCUAUGAUCCACAACAUCAAGAGAAAUAAGUUAGCAACUUCAAGAGCCGAAGAUUUAGUGUUUGUACAUUAUAAUCUACGGUUGCUAUCUCGUAAGAAAGAGAAAUAUAUAAAUGGGCCAAGCAAGUAUUGGGAUGUAGGUGGAGAUCAAUUUGAAGUUGAGGAUACAAUUAAUAAUUUAACCGAGCUAUCAAUAGAUGAACCUCAAUUGGAAGGAGUGGUUUUUGAUGAAGAAUUUGAAGAUUUGGAAGACGUUGAAGAAGACGCGGAAGAGUAGUUAACUUAAGUAACUUGAUAGUGGACAUUUUUUUUUGUUCUGUUAGUUUUGAAUUGAUGUCUUAAGUUUGGAUGUUUUCUUGU